ACCAAGCUCAGUGACGCUCACUCAGCCAAUCACAGGCGAUUACGUUGAAGCAUGGCAAUGUCUACAGUCUGCAAUCGUUUAGUCGUACUGAGAAGUUAGGGAAAUGAAAGCUAACACGUGGAAAUAAAAAUUUGUCGUAUCGUUUUUUUUUUGUUUUUUUUACUGCAGGGUAGUGUAGUGCCUUUUUGAACUGUGCCUUGUCAACGGCAACUGCGUUUAAUUAGCUGAAGUCGACAUUUACCUCGCAGCUUACUAGUGAGUUUAUCUGUCUUGUCAUGGCGGACAACGGAGACGACGAUUCGCAGUACAGAAUUAAAGAGGGGGACUUCAUUGUGUUGAAACGAGGAGAUAUCUUCAAAGCUAUGCAAAUUCAACCGAGGAAGAAGGUGAUUUUUGAGAAACAGUGGUUCUUCUUGGAUAAUGCAGUGGGUCAUCUGUACAGCACCACAUUUGAGAUUGUGUCCGGAGGGACCCUGCAGCCACAGAAGCUCAAGGACACAGAGAGCUCUAGUGAUGCAAAGGAGGCAGGAACAGACAACAGAAAUAUUGUAGAUGAUGGAAAAUCACAGAAACUGACCAGGGAUGACAUUGAGACGCUAAAAGAGCAAGGUCUGAAUGGUCAGGAAAUCAUUCAGCAGCUUAUAGAGAACAGCUCCACAUUCAGAGAUAAGACCGAGUAUGCCCAGGAUAAGUACAUCAAGAAGAAAAAGAAAAAGUAUGAAAAUACUGUGACAAUUCUAAGACCAUCCUGUCGUAUCCUCGCUAUGAUGUACCAUGGCCGUGAACCAGGGAAGAUCUGCCACCUGCGGUACGACACACUUGCCCAGAUGUUGACUCUGGCAAACAUCCAUGCUGGCAGCAAAGUUUUGGUGUUUGAGACUUGUGCUGGUCUCGUGCUGGGAUCCAUCAUGGAAAGAAUGGGGGGCUAUGGCUCAGUGAUUCAAAUGUACCCAGGAAGUGGACCUGUUCGGGCGGGUGUGGAGAGCUUUGGCUUCCCUGCACAUUUUCAGGAUAUGCUGCAUGAGUUUCCCAUCUGCCAUGUCAACGCUCUGCUGGCAGGCACUCUGGACACCACUGCCAAAGACCCAAGUGCUGAUAAAAAGCACUCUAACAUGGCUGAAGAGGAGGAGCAAAACCAGCCUGAGGCUGAACAGCAGGGCAGUCCAGAGGAACAGAGCUUGGAGACCAACACUAGUGAUGACAAAGGACAGGACCAGGAGGAAAAAGAGAAGGAUAAACGCAAAGAAGCCAAAGCUCAGGAAAGAAAGGUGAAGCUAGAGGAGAAACGGAAGAAACUGGCAGCUGCUGCCACCCUGCUGGAAGGGAGAAAUGCAGACGGGUUGGUUAUAGCCAGUCGCUUUCACCCGUGUCCUGUACUAAUGGGUCUGCUAAAAUUCCUCUCCCCCUCCAGGCCUUUUGUCGUUUACUCCCAAUACAAAGAGCCUCUUAUUGAGUGCUACACAAAGCUCAAGGAACAUGGCGGUACAGUCAACCUCAGACUCACAGACACCUGGCUAAGACAUUAUCAGGUGUUGCCUAACAGGACACAUCCUCUACUACUGAUAAGUGGGGGCGGGGGCUACCUCCUCUCAGGGACAACGGUUGCCAUGGACCGCUCCAAACCUGCAGGCUCCCAGCGAGCUGAGGAACCAGCACCAAAGAGACUGAAACUGACAGACACUGAGGGAUAAACAUAUACAGAAGCAUCAGAUCUUUUAAGGGCACAGUUCUAAUGGCCUAUAGGGAUUUUCCUCAAGCAUCUACUUCCCUUUCUGCUGAACUGAUUUGACACAUCUGGAAUAAAGGAGACAGAGUGUCUGUUUUGCAUUCAUCAGAUCACUUUCUCCUGUCUUGUAUACUCAGAUCAGUGUAGAUGAAGGCAUAAUGCUGAGGAGUAAACUUUAAGACAGUUUAGACGCUAAGCUCAGAGUAUGUUAUGUUAUGUUGUUACGUAAGGAACUGCUGAAAUAACCUAAUGUGUGUUGAGAGUAAGUGACAGGUCUGUGUUUCAUGCCUUGAGACCAGGUGUAAAAAUGCAGUUAUUACCAGUUAAUACUCUCCAGUUUAGAGGUUAUAACUUUUUUUUAAUUUUGUUAUCCCUGCGGAAAGUGCCGUUUGUUAUAUGAUCUAGUUGCUUAUGAAGCGUCACUGUGGGCUACAUCUGUAUCUGGACAGAAUUAAAAAGCAGUACUAAAGA